UCUCUCUUUACUAACCCCAAGCGGAUGGUCGCGGCGUUACAGCCUAAGUUUUCACCCGGAUCCGCUCCCGGAGAGUCCAGUCCGGGUUUGUGCUCCGUCUUUUAAAGCCUCCUUCUCUCUUCAGAGCGGAGAAAAAAGCGAGCGGCUCAGCGCGAGGCAGCAGGAUCAGGAUCAGGAGGAGGAGGAGGAGACCGGGAGCCUGUCGCUGGGCGAGCGCUCGCUCCACCCGUGUGUGUGUGAGAGAGAUCCCGCAGCGAUGGAGGGCCGGACGGCGCGCUCAUGGAUGUUCGCCUGACGGGCAGGAGAACCGUUUCAGCGGCGCCGUGCUUUUUUCCGAGGUUCUGGAUUAGUGCUGCCGCUACCUGCACCGCGGAGGAGGAGGAGAGGAGGAGAGCCGGAGGAGCAGGAGGAGGCGGAGGGGGGGUAAAAUGCCUUUCGCCAAGCGGAUCGUGGAGCCGCAGCUGCUGUGCAGGCACCCCAUCCCCAACGACGAGGGCGCGCUUUUCGAGGACCUGCGCUCCGUCAGUAACGUGGUGCUCUCGCGCACACUGCGCCAGCUCUCGGACCUGGCCCGGCACGCGUGCUCCGUCUUCCACGAGCUGGAGGGCGAGAUCGCGUCGACCAACCAGCGGCUGCGCGCGCUGCAGAGCAAAAUAGGGCAAAUCCAGCAGACCGCCAGCGCGCUCGACCCCAAACUGGAAGCCGUGCCGGUGUCUAAUCUAGACAUUGAGAGCAAGUUGACGGCGCACUACCAGGCCCCAUGGCACCAGCAGCACAACGUGUUCCACCCCAGCACACGGCCACCAUGUCUGGAAGAGCUGCACCACCAUGCCCAGCUCAACCUGCGGGCCCUGCACAGAGAUCAGCAGCAGCGUCAGCGUUCAACCAGCAGGGAGCGGAAUCGGGUCACCAUAUCCAUCUCUGUGGCCCCGCCGAUGCCCACAUUCCCCUCCCCUCACUCCCUCAGGAGGCGGGACCAGAGGAGCCGACACGCCGGCAUGCAGGACAGAGCUGAAUAUCAGACAAUGCAAAGAAAGGAGAGGAACACCAGAGAGUCAGACGUGCAGACUCUUCCCAGGAAGGUCAUCCAGCAGGAGAGACCUGCAAGAGAGGUGGAAUUUCAGCCAGCACAGAGAAAGCAUGAGCGUUCACGUCCCUCCUCCCUUACUGUUUGCUGCUUCAUCCCCUGGAUCAGAAAGGCUGGAACCAAUACAAAUGCAGACGGGGACUUGGUGGCAAUGAGCCACAGGCCGAAGUGUCCUGUUCCCAAUGUGCCCACCACUCUGGACAAGCAGACCAACUGGUCGAAAGCCCUGCCACUUCCUACACCAGAGGAAAGACUGAAGAAUGAUUCUCAAGUCAUCUCCUCCGUCAUUAUCCCUAUCAAUGUAACAGGUGUGGGAUUUGACCGGGAGGCCAGUGCCCGUUGCUCACUAGUUCACUCACAGUCAGUGCUGCAGCGACGAAGGAAAUUGAGGAGGCGGAAAACCAUCACUGGCAUUCCCAGACGAGUACAACAAGACAUGGACUCAGACGAAUCUCCUGUGGCCAGAGAGAGGACUGUAGUUGUCCAUGCCAACCAACACAUGUCCUUGUGCCAAGAGGAGCUCUCGCUUAGUGGCAGAAAUCUAAACACCAAGGACUCUGGCUGUCAGACAGAUGACUUCUUGAUCGCUGCCCCAUCCCGGAGGCGUAUCCGUGCCCAGAGGGGUCAAGGAAUUCCAGCCUCCCUUUCCCAUUCCACUGGAAAUAUCACCUCCUUGCCAGAUCGCUCUGAUACUAUGUACACUGCCGCAUCCGGUACUCGCUUGCGUUCGAGAAGUUUACCAAGAGAAGGGGGCAGACUUCGGGAUGAAGAUCACGAUGACAGCGAUGAUGAUGACGAUGAUGAGGACGAUGAAGAGCUUUCUCCUUAUGAGGCUGAGGACUUCCUGCCAGGCCCAGGACAGAGGAUCCUAAAGGACGAGGAGGAGAGCACCGAUGACCAAGCUAUGCCAGAGCUCCAGUUGGGAAGUCUAAAGAGGAUGCAGCACUCUGGUAGUCCUGAAAAUUCCUGGAUUGAGAGAGGCAGGUCCAGGCUCCCACGCAAAGCUGACAUGGGAAGUUGUGAGAUCUCUUCCAGUUCAGAUACCUUCAGCAGUCCCAUACACUCUGUUUCUACUACGGGUGUGCUUGGGAGCCAGAUUGACCACAAAGAAGACCAUCAGUCUUCAAGCGGUAACUGGAGUGGAAGCAGCUCCACAUGCCCUUCCCAGACCUCAGAGACAAUACCACCAACUGCCUCACCUCCCCUAACUGGCUCCUCACACUGUGAUUCAGAACUGUCCCUCAACACGGGGUCUCAUAUCAUUGACGAUACCACUGGCUUCAUCAUUGACCCCUACCACAUGGACCGGACGCAAGGCCAGGGUCACAGGUCUAGUUCCUUUACUUCCUCAGCCACAGAUCAGAUGGAUGAUGCAGGUGUCAGUACUGCUAGUGACGGGGAGUGGAACUGCAACCAGGACCAGCAGGAUCACCCCUGUCCGCAGGACUUCAGCCCCAAGCACUCAAGGGAAGACGAGAGUGGCGUAAGCUGUCCCAGUUACUCCAGUGGGGAAACCUACGAGAGCUUUAGUGGCCAACCACCAGCUGAGAAAUUAGAGAGCUCUUCACAUUACACUGUUGACACUGAGGGCUUCUACACCUCCAUGCACUUUGAUUGUGGUCUUAAAGGUAGCAGAAGCUAUUACAACUAUGCAGCCAUCGACCCUGACUGUGGCCCAAGUGGGAACAUUGCACCUGGAAUGGGUGAAUACCCUCAACCAGACUAUAGAGGAGUGAGUACACUUGGAAGACAGUGUCUCUCCUUACGAAAACCAAAGGCCAAGCCACCCCCACCAAAACGUAGCUCUUCUUUAAAGGAAACAAGCAGCAGCGUGGACGUUCCAGAGCAGAACGAACCAAAGAUUACUAACGAGCUGCCCCUGCCUUUGUCUUCCAGGGAGAUGAGGCUGCAGCUGGACUUGGCCGGUUCUUCCGGGCAACUCGAAACUGCAGGUCUCUGUGAUGAGCCCAUUGGUGCCUGGGGUGUAGAGAAUGUCCGAGAAAUGCUAGACUGCUCCUCACCAUUCAGUUCUUCUGACACACAUUCCUUCAAAGAUGAGGGUGCUGUGCAGUCAGACUAUGCAGACCUCUGGCUCCUUAGUGACUUGAAAUCCAAUGAUCCUUACAGGUCCCUGUCUAACUCCAGCACUGCUACGGGUACAACCGUCAUUGAAUUUGUCAAGUCACCAGAGAGCGUGGAAACUACAGUUUGUCGCCCCAGGUCCAGACCCACGUCACCAACACUUCCACCACCAGAAAGUGACUUAAAACUGGGUUCUCCCGAGAAGUUGGCAGGGUUGGCAUCCCCUUCAAGUGGAUAUUCCAGUCAGUCAGAGACACCUACAUCUUCCUUCCCUUCUGCAUUCUUCCCAGGACCGUUGUCCCCAAACACUGGCAAGAGGAAACCCAAAGUACCAGAGAGAAAGUCCUCGCUUGCUUCUCUACAGCAGCAGUCCCUUGCCCUUAGAGACCCAUGCUCUUCCAUCAGGAGGGACACUGACUCCCAGGCCAUACCUCCCAGCCACCUUGACCUAAGUGCUCUUCACAGCAAGUCCUUUGCCCACAGGAACCAGAUGCACAUCCUUCACCAGAACAAGCAGAAAGCAGCGGCUGCAGCUGCUGCGGCUGCAGAGGCUCGUGCCGCCGCCGCAGCAGCUGCCGCAGCAAGUGCCGAGGCAUCUACUUCAACACACCUGGCCAUCACGCCAAUUGUUUUAAGGUCAGUCCAACUCCGAUCCAUUUGUAAAACAGCGGAGAGUACCCAGGGCCAGGAGCAGUGCACUGAUCCAUCAACUCGACCCAAGUGUCACCCAGUAACUAUACUAACCCCUCCCACUGACAACAGGCACAACAGGAAACCACCAGCUUACAAACCGCCUGCUGUGCAGCACGAGUCUCAGUUAUCACUUCCAGAGGCUAUCAUUACAUCGCAUGAGGGAGUUAAAGUCAGACAGGAGAGGUAUGGCCCAGGAACCUACUGGGCAAUGACAGCUUUUAGAACACCUGUAGAACCCACCAAUGAACAAGAAGAGCUGUCAACUGAAAUAGCCCAGGGCUCUGAGAAAGAUCUGCAGAAAUCUGCAGAGAGCAACAGGUAUCCAGAUGAAGAAGCAGAAUUACCAGCAGAAAGUUUCAAAACUGAACACAGCGAAGAACCCAGGCCAGAUCCUCCAUCAGAACCCUCCUUGAGUUUGCACAGCACAAUGUCCCCUCCUGCUUACAGUGAAAUACACAGGAGUGACUUUGUACUGUGCUGCAGUCCUGACAAAGUGCCUGCUAGACAUUCAGAAGCAUCAUCGCACACUUACACAAUCAGCGAUGCCAGAAGCAAAGAGGAAGAGUACGAGACAUCAGGUGUCACUACCAGAAGUGCCUCACAAGAUGGACGCGAGGAUGGGUCAACCCCAGACACAGAAGAUUACUUCAGUAAGGACUCAACACCAAGUGACAAUUCAACUUCUCCUCUGACUGAUGACUCGAAGACUGAUGAUGAUCUGUUCCCCUCACCUAACAAAUUGCGCACAACCGAAGACCUUUUUGCCAUGAUCCAUAGAUCAAAGAGGAAAGUCCUUGGGCGGAAAGACUCAGGGGAGCUCGGUGGAAAAAGUCGACUUAGUGUUGUUGCUCCCGUUACUGCCCCUGUCAGUAACCCUGUAACGUGCCCCGCUACUCCACCUUCUGCCCCAGCUUCCUCUGCUGGUUCCCAGCGAACCCCAGGACCCAUUUACAGGAGUGCCAAAAAGUCCAGCACGUCCAACGAGGAGUUUAAGCUACUGCUGCUGAAGAAGGGCAGCCGCACUGACUCUAGCUAUCGUAUGUCUGCCACUGAAAUCCUCAAAAGCCCCAUUGCCCCCAAGUCCCCUGGGGAACUGUUACUGGAGGCUGCCAGGCAACUGGAGGAACCCCCUUCGCCACUGCAGGAAUCUCCUUCCAGUGUAGAACCUCAGCCCAGCCCUUUGCCCAAGGCCAACAGUGAGGGUUUCUCCACCAAAACUCUUACCAUGUCUGCUGCUUCCAGACAAGGUCGUUCCAGGAUCCCACCUGCAGCCAACAGCAGCAGGUACAGCACCCGCAGCAGGCUGUACACUGCCCCCAUGCAGGCCAUCUCUGAGGGAGAGACUGAAAACUCGGAUGGAAGUCCACACGAUGACCGCUCCUCCUAGUGGUGUGUUUCACUUUUACGUUUUUUUUUCUUUCUUACCAGUGAACAGAACAACGAAUCCCUCAUAAUUUGGAAAAAAUGUGAAAAAAACAUAUCUUUACUGAAAUCUGAAAUAUGUGUGAUAUACAGACAAUUAUAUAUUUUCCUUUUUAAGUAUCCCAUCAUAUCUUAAGACAUUAAGAAAAGAAUCCCUUGCUCAACCUUUUUUUGUAGUGCAUAAAUUGAGUGAACCUAUGUUGUGGCCAGUGAUGAAUGUUCAUUUUUAUCACAAUGGGAGCUAUAUGAGCUUUGGGAGCAUCUUGUGCGUCUUCUUCAUUUUUUUAAUUGUGUGGAUGCUUGACAUCUUGACAUCAUUCCUAAAGAAACGAAACAAUAGCCAGUCCAUCUCUGUUCAUUCAUGAAAAUGUGAAGGGUGUACAUUCUAAAAACAUGUUUACCAUAAAUAUAUAAAUAUGAAUAUUUAUUUUCUGAUUUAACAACUUAACAAAUUGAUUGAACGAGUUUUACUAUGUU